AUGCGAUUCUCUACUGUCACCGCCUGUCUGACUGCCUGUUUGGCGCCAGCGGCGGCUCUUAGUGUUCUCAAUGGCAAGGCUCCCGAACUCACCAUUAGCGACGACCUCAAGAUUCCUGGUGAUUCUCCUCUUGAGUUCUGCCCCGGAGACCACGCAGCCGAUCUUAUUAAGAUUGACCGUGUUGAUUUGUCUCCCAACCCUCCCAAGGCUGGCCAGGAACUCUUGAUUAAGGCCAAGGGAUCAGUUAAACAGAAGAUCGAAGAGGGCGCUUAUGUCCUCUUGACCGUCAAGUAUGGCCUCAUCCGCCUCAUCAGCACCAAGGCCGAUCUCUGCGAGCAGAUUGGCAAUGUCGACCUCAAGUGUCCCGUCGAAAAGGGCGAAGUCGAGGUUAUCAAGAGCGUAGACCUUCCUGCUGAGAUUCCAUCUGUACGUGGACGUUUCUUAUCCAACUUUGACUGUCUUGCUAAUUCAGCGCAGGGCAAGUACACCGUGCUGGCCGAUGUUUUCACUGCCGAUGAUGUACAGAUUACAUGUUUGACGGCAACCGUCACCUUCUCUCGUAGCAGCAAGGGUUUCUUUGGCAGCGAUCUGUGA